AUGCCUAGUAGUGAUAGGCCUACAAGGGAAAGGAAAGUCGUAGAAAGGUAUUCAGCUCCUUCUGUUGCAAGGUCUUCCUCGUCUAAAAAUCUGUCAAUUGAAAAGCUUGUGAAAGAAGCCAUUCUGCCUCGUAUUCAUGGCUUAGCUCUUAAAACAACUGUUGUUGCGGGAAACUGGACCUGGGAACAUGCAAAACCUAAAGCUAGAAUGGAGACUUUACAAAGAAACCUGAGGCACUACAAAGGAGAAGAUAUCCAGAAUUUGAGUCUUAGAGAGCUUCAAAAUUUGGAGCAACAACUUGAUCCUGCCCUUAAAUGCAUAAGAUCUAAAAAGAAUCAACUUAUGGUUGAAUCAAUUUCUAAGCUUCAGAAAAAGGACAAAGGAUUGCAAGAACAGAAUAACAAUAACAAGAAAGAUUGA